GUUCAGGAUUUGAACCAGUGUUGCCAGUGCGGCUGCGGGUGCUCUCAGGGUUUCGCCCACCGGGUUCAGUGAGGGCGAGCGGAGCCGAGGCGGAGAAGGGCGUGAAACUGGAAGAGGGUGAGUCAGGCGGUCCCCACGCGAUAAAGGGAGGCGGCACUGCUGUGUGGGGUUGAGUUAGGUAGGUGCGGCCCCUGCUCCGCGGAGUACUCAGGGACGCCGGGGCUUUUGGUUUUUGUUUUGUUUUUUUGUUUUGUUCGUUUUUUGUUUUUUUGGACUGGCGAGAGCUGGGUGAGGAGAAGCCAGAGCCCGGCCCUUAGCAACGGUUCUCGGACUCAGCUCCCGCCGCCAUCUCCACCAUGCAGUCCCGGGAAGACGCCCCGCGCUCUCGCCGCCUCGCCAGUCCCCGUGGUGGGAGGCGACCCAAAAGGGUUUCCAAACCCUCGGUCUCGGCUUUCUUCACGGGCCCGGAAGAGCUGAAGGACACUGCUCAUUCUGCAGCCCUGCUGGCAGAGCUCAAGUCUUUCUAUGAUGCGCGCCUGCUGUGUGAUGUGACCAUCGAGGUGGUGACGCCUGGCAGUGGGCCUGGCACAGGCCGUCUUUUUUCCUGCAACCGCAAUGUGCUGGCUGCCGCAUGUCCUUACUUCAAGAGCAUGUUCACCGGCGGCAUGUACGAGAGCCAGCAGGCGAAUGUGACCAUGCACGAUGUGGAUGCCGAGUCCUUUGAGGUGUUGGUUGAAUAUUGCUACACGGGUCGUGUGUCUCUGAGUGAAGCCAACGUGCAGCGCCUCUAUGCCGCCUCUGAUAUGCUACAGCUGGAGUAUGUUCGGGAAGCCUGUGCCUCCUUCCUAGCCCGCCGCCUUGACCUGGCUAACUGCACCGCCAUCCUCAAGUUUGCCGAUGCCUUCGACCAUCAUAAGCUGCGAUCACAGGCCCAGUCCUUUAUAGCUCACAAUUUCAAGCAGCUCAGCCGGAUGGGUCCGAUUCGGGAGGAGACUCUGGCAGAUCUGACUCUGGCCCAGCUGCUGGCUGUCCUGCGCCUGGACAGUCUAGACAUUGAGACUGAGCGGACAGUGUGUCAUGUGGCCAUGCAGUGGUUGGAGGCGGCUCCCAAGGACCGGGGUCCCAGCGCGGCAGAAGUCUUCAAGUGUGUCCGCUGGACACACUUCACUGAUGAAGAUCAGGAUUACCUGGAAGGGCUGUUGACUAAGCCCAUUGUGAAGAAGCACUGCCUCGGCCUUAUUGAAGGAGCUCUGCAGAUGCGAUAUGGUGACAUGUUGUACAAAUCUGUGGUGCCAAAGACUGACAGCAGCAGCAGCAGCAGCAGCUGUAUUGUAUCCGCAGUAGAAAAUCCUCCCCAGCGGCUGGGUAUGUGUGCCAAGGAGAUGGUGAUCUUCUUUGGACAUCCCAAAGAUCCCUUUCUCUGCUAUGACCCAUACUCGGGGGACAUUUACACAAUGCCAUCACCUUUGGCCAGCUUGGCUCACACUAAGACUAUCACCUCCUCCGCUGUCUGUGUCUCUCCAGACCAUGACAUCUAUCUCGCUGCCCAGCCCAGGAAACACCUCUGGGUAUAUAAACCAGCCCAGAAUAGUUGGCAGCAACUUGCAGAUCGCUUGCUCUGUCGUGAGGGCAUGGAUGUGGCCUACCUCAAUGGCUACAUUUACAUUUUGGGUGGGCGAGACCCUAUCACUGGGAUUAAAUUGAAGGAAGUGGAAUGCUACAGUGUCCAGAGGAACCAGUGGGCACUGGUGGCUCCUGUACCACAUUCCUUCUAUUCCUUUGAACUAAUAGUGGUUCAGAACUACCUUUAUGCUGUGAACAGUAAGCGCAUGCUCUGUUAUGAUCCUAGCCACAAUAUGUGGUUGAACUGUGCUUCUCUUAAACGUAGUGAUUUUCAGGAAGCUUGUGUCUUCAAUGAUGAAAUCUAUUGCAUCUGUGACAUCCCAGUCAUGAAGGUCUAUAAUCCAGCCAGGGGAGAAUGGCGGAGGAUUAGCAAUAUUCCCUUGUUCUCAGAAAUUCACAACUAUCAGAUUGUCAGUCAUGGUCAAAAGUUGCUCCUCAUCACUUCUACCACCCCGCAAUGGAAAAAAAACAGGGUGACUGUGUAUGAAUAUGAUACUAGAGAAGACCAGUGGAUUAAUAUAGGUACUAUGUUAGGUCUUUUACAGUUUGACUCUGGCUUUAUUUGCCUCUGUGCUCGUGUUUAUCCUUCUUGCCUUGAACCUGGUCAGAGUUUUAUCACUGAGGAAGAUGAUGCACGGAGUGAGUCUAGUAAUGAUUGGGACUUAGAUGGAUUCAGUGAGCUGGACUCUGAGUCAGGAAGUUCAAGUUCGUUUUCUGAUGAUGAAGUCUGGGUACAGGUUGCACCUCAGCGAAAUGCACAGGAUCAGCAGGGUUCUUUGUAAAUAUUUUGAAACAUUAAGAUGUCUCUACUGCUAUGUAAUAUAUCUUUAAAAAAUAUUCUUUCUUUUUCCCGAAAAAGAAAGAAUUUGAUUAGGACCACAGAUUUGGUAUAGAAAGGCUGAUGUUUGAAAUUAAGAAGCUGAUGAAAUCAACCUAUACAGUAAUUUACUGUGUUGAAAUCAAGAUUAAAAUGUGCAAAAUGAAAUAUAUAAUAAAUUAGAAUGCAUGGUAGUUUUUUCUUCAUUCAAGUAUUCAUUGUAUUGAUUAGUUGCAUUGUUUAUAUUUUAAUUAUAUAGUCUGUUAACUUUUUAAUUUAGUGCCAUGGGAAUUUAACUUUAAUUUUUAAAAUAGAAAAUUGGACUGGAAACUGUUAAUAGGAUUUUGAGGGUUCAUACUAUCCUUCAAAAUAAUGAAAGUAGUAAAUUUAACAAGUUUUAAAGUAAUCAGCUUUUAGUAUUUUAAGUUAAUAUAAUUUGUUAAAAUUGGGUUUGGUUUUCUUCCCUUUUGCAAAUGAAAUAAAUUGAACAUGUAAAGCUUAUUAAAUAGUGAUUUCAUUUGGAUACAGUCAAAGUGUAAGAGCUCAAAGAAAGUUUUUAAAAAAAGGAUUGCAUGGUUUUAAAAGAAAUUUAGCUUUUACUUUUGAAAUAUAAUGUAUUUUUGCUAAACAUGACCAUUUUUCUAUCUUCAAAAACAUCCAUUCUAGUACUGUCACCAAUUAUUUAAAUACCCUUCUAAACCCUCCCACCCCCCAAAAAAUUGGUGAUUUGUAAGUUCAUAUAUAACCUGAUACAUAUUUCAUUGAAUCAGAGAAACAAUCCUUUUUUUCACUGGACAUAUCAUCAGGUAAUGUGAAUUUUAUCCAUUGGUCAUACCCUGUCUUAAAAAGUCUAUGUGCUAUUUUGAAAUAUUUUAGCUGUAUACUUUUGGUGUUUUUCUUAGAGGAUUCUUCAGCAGGGAGUGAUUUAUUCUUUACUGUUUUGUGAGGUAAUAAUUGGUUUUGAAAAUAUGUAUAAUCUAAAAAUGUAUUUCAUUGAGAUCAGUAGUUACCGUGUCCAUAAACUAUAAAAUCAAGGGUCAGUAGAGAACUUUAAAACUUUAAGCUAUGUAUAGAACUGUUUUGUGUAGCAUUGAAAUAUUUUGUCACUUUUGUAAGUUACUAUAAAUGAUUAUCAGCUUGAAGGUAUUUUUGUAUUAAAAGUGGAGAGUUAAAGAACAUAAGUGGAUGCUGGCAACAGUGAAAGUACAUUUCCUCCAAAAUAUUUCCCUAAGCAGUGGUAUGCAUGAUUAUUUUAUUAGAGUAUUUGUAUCUGUUCUGUAGUUCUUUGUGAACCAACACUCCAAACUUUGGAUUCUGUUUUUAAUUUUUAUUUAUUUAUUUUUGUAUAUCACCAUAAUGUAAGAGAAAGUCCAGAAGUAGAAACUAAAUUGCACAAGAUUGAUAUUGUUAAAUACAAGAACAUAUAGGUGCUUACCUUUUAAGAGGGUCUGUAAAUAUAUGUGAUUUUCAUAAUAAAAUGGUGUACAUAUUAUUCCACUCAGAAUUAUUUGAAUCUUUGUUCAGAUUCAAAUUCUUUUUCUCUGUUUAUUCUCUAGUGACCAAAUGCUAACAUUUCUUAUACCCUGGUAGUCUUGAGGAGUGUCCAUUGAUAACAGGGAAGGUAAAAGCACUGCUCUUAACAUAGAAAGCAAUUUCUCUAUAGUGGGUUGGUUUUUUGGAUUUUUUGGCUUUUUAUCACCCCUAACUUCUUGAUAGCCUUUUGUUUUGUAAGGUUGAAAUGAGACAGUGCUUAUCUCAACCAGAUUAUCCAUCUGCAGAAUUAAGUUAUACAGCUGACUGAUAAAAGAUAAGUUCUCUAAAUUGUCAUUCUCAGCCUUUAAGAUAGCUUAUAAGCUAAUUAGUAGUAAAAUCUUGGUAUACAAAGAGGUUUUCUUGGGAAGGGUUUUGGUUUGGUCAUAUGUUUGUGAAUUAGGGAAUAGAUGUUAAUCAUUAUUUUAAAGAUAAGUGAUCUGUACGUGGUUAGUUACAAAUAAAACUAGCACUAGAACUCAGGCCUUUUGAUCUCUUUAAUUGUUUCUCCUAAAUGUGAAACCCUUACUUAGGCGUUGAGCAACACAACCAACAGUGUUGAAAUCCCUUUCUGACAGGAAAAUACCUGUCUCUCAGGUUUAAAAUUAAUUGGCACAUUUUUAAACAA